AUGACGAAAAAGUUCGAAUUCAACUGGCAGAUCCCGGUGCCGGAGCCGCUACUUCAAGGUGCGGUCUUCGACCGAUGGACGGAGGAGAAAGACAACACCGAGCUGGAGCAGAACUGCCUUUUCAAGGUCGACGAGUAUGGCUUCUUCAUCUACUGGAAGAGCGACGGAAAGGACGGUGACGUCAUCGAGCUGUGCCAGGUCAGCGACGUGCGGUCCGGUGGUGUGCCGAAGCAAGAUUCAAAGUUGAGCACCAAUCUCAUAAACAAACAUGGAGACUCCUUAGAGGAUAAAUCGCUCACGAUUUGCAGCGGUACGGACUACAUCAACAUCAACUACCAACACGUGGUGUGCCCGGACGCCGCCACCGCUAAGGUGUGGAAGGAGGGUCUACGCGAAAUAACCCAUAACAACAAAAUCAACAAUGUCUGCCCGAGAACUAGCCUCAUGAAGCAUUGGAUGCGCCUGUGUUUCCUGACGGACCCCCGCGGCAAGGUUCCGGUCAAAGUGGUCGCCCGAACAUUCGCCUCGGGGAAGACCGAGAAGCUGGUCUACCAGUGCCUCUCGGAGCUGGGCCUGCCCUCGGGGAAGAACGACGUCAUGGAGAAGGAGGCGUUCACGUUCGACAAGUUCUACGCUCUGUACCACAAGAUCUGUCCGAGGAACGAUAUCGAGGAACUUUUCAGAUCUAUAACCCAGGGCAAGUCAGACCGCAUCAAUCUGGACCAGUUCGUGAACUUCCUCAACGAGAAGCAGCGCGACCCGCGUCUCAACGAGAUCCUCUACCCGUUGUACGACGACAAGCGCGCCCUCGAAAUCAUCACAGACUACGAGCAGAACGAGGAGGCCAAAAACGCCAAGUGCCUGACGAAGGACGGCCUCAUCCGCUACCUGAUGUCCGACGAGAACGCGCCCGUGUUCCUGGACCGGCUGGACAACUACAUGGACAUGGAUCAGCCGCUGGCCCACUACUACAUCAACUCGUCCCACAACACCUACCUCUCCGGCCGCCAGUUCGGCGGCAAGAGCUCCGUGGAGAUGUACCGACAGGUGCUGCUCGCCGGCUGCAGGUGCGUGGAGCUGGACUGCUGGGAUGGCAAGGGCGAGGACGAGGAGCCGAUCAUCACCCACGGCAUGGCCAUGUGCACGGACAUCCUGUUCCGCGACGUGAUCUACGCGCUGCGCGACACGGCCUUCGUGACGUCCGACUGCCCGGUCAUCCUCUCCUUCGAGAACCACUGCUGCAAGGCGCAGCAGUACAAGCUGGCCAAGUACUGCGACGAGAUCCUCGGCGACCUGCUGCUCAAGGAGCCGUUGCCGGAACACCCGCUGGAGCCGGGGGUGCCCCUGCCGCCGCCCUCGGCCCUGAAACGCAAGAUCAUGAUAAAGAACAAGCGGCUGAAGCCCGAGGUGGAGAAGCAGGAGCUGGAGCUGUUCCGCCAGGGGCAGUUCGUCAUCGAGGACGAGGUGAAGGAGGACGCCUCGGCGGUCGUCCUGCCGGAGAAGAAGGCGGUUGACGUGGUGGUGGUGCAGGCCGAGGAGGUGGUGGCGGAGGCGGCCGGGGCGGAGGAGGGCGCGCCCCCGCCCGUGGCCUACACGGGCUCCACCACCAACGUGCACCCCUGGCUCUCCUCCAUGGUCAACUACGCGCAGCCCAUCAAGUUCCAGGGCUUCGAGGAGGCGGAGAAGAAGAACAUCUACCACAACAUGUCCUCGUUCGCGGAGACCACCGGCAUGAACUACCUCAAGUCGCAGGCGAUCGACUUCGUCAACUACAACAAGAGGCAGAUGUCCAGGAUCUACCCCAAGGGCACCAGGGCGGACUCCUCCAACUACAUGCCGCAGGUGUUCUGGAACGCGGGCUGCCAGAUGGUGUCGCUGAACUUCCAGACGUCCGACCUGCCGAUGCAGCUGAACCAGGGCAAGUUCGAGUACAACGGCAACUGCGGCUACCUGCUGAAGCCGGACUUCAUGCGCAGGGCCGACCGCAGCUUCGACCCCUUCGCCGACGCGCCAGUGGACGGCGUCAUCGCCGCGCAGUGCUCGGUCCAGGUGAUAGCCGGCCAGUUCCUGUCGGACAAGAAGGUGGGCACGUACGUGGAGGUGGACAUGUACGGGUUGCCGUCGGACACCAUCCGCAAAGAGUUCCGCACGCGUAUGGUGCCCGCCAACGGGCUCAACCCCGUCUACAACGAGGAGCCGUUCCUCUUCCGCAAGGUGGUGCUGCCCGACCUGGCCGUGCUGCGCUUCGGCGUGUACGAGGAGUCGGGCAAGCUGCUGGGGCAGCGCAUCCUGCCGCUGGACGGGCUGCAGGCCGGCUACCGGCACAUCUCGCUGCGCACCGAGGCCAACUUCCCCAUGUCGCUGCCCAUGCUCUUCUGCAACAUCGAGCUCAAGAUCUACGUGCCCGACGGCUUCGAAGACUUCAUGGCGGCCCUGUCGGACCCUCGCGCGUUCAUGGGCGCCGCCAAGGAGCGGACCGACAACAUGAAGGCCUUGGGCAUCGAGGAGAGCGCGCCCGAGAAGAAGGUCACCAUCGAGGAGAAGAAAGAAGAGCCGCCUCUGGUGUUCGAGCCGAUCACCGUGGAGUCGCUCAGGCAGGAGAAGGGCUUCCUGAAGACCGGCAGGAAGCAGCAGAAGGAGCUGGAGGCGAUGCGCAAACGCCACUCGAAGGAGAAGAUGACGCUGCAGAAGCAGCAGUGCGCGGCGCUCGAGAAGAUGAUCAAAGGGAAGAACAAGGAGCAGCUGAGCGGCGACGCGGCGUUCCGCAAGCUGGUGGGCGAGCAGUCGGCGGCGUGGGGCGAGCUGGCGGCGCGCCACCGCCUCGAGGAGCUGGCCGGCGCGCGCACGCGGCUGCACGAGCAGCGCGACCUGCUGCGCAAGAUGAUGGAGCAGAGCCAGCUGGCGCAGAUGAAGCAGCUCGAGGCCAAGCACGACCGCGAGCUGAAGGACAUGAACGCUCGCCAAGCGAAGAUCAGCAUGGAGACCAGCAAGGAGGUCGCCAACGACAAGACCCUGAAGACCAAGCAGGAGAAGGACCGGAGACUGCGCGAGAAGAAGCAGAACAACACCAAGAAGUUCAUGGACGAAAGGAAGACCCAAAUCAUCAAGCACACCCGCGAAAAGGAGAAACUGAAGGGCACCCAUGACAAGCAGCUCGAGGACCUGGUCAAGGACGUUGACAACCUGAUCGAAAUGUACAAGAUGGAAGAGGCAGAGUACGAGAUGGCGGGAAAGACGGAGUUCUUCGCA